AAGACCUGUGCUGUUGAAAAGCGCAGGAAGCAACUGGAGCAGUGGUUGGCAUCCAAAGGGAAAUCGUAUAAACGUCCACCCAUGACGCUGCUUGCUAAAAGGCCAGACCAGGAGACGAUGAACCUGUCCUUCUGGAAGAGCCUGGAGGAGGAGGAGGAGAGGGAGCAGCUCUGUUUGAGGGACAAGAUCCAUGGCACGUUGGCAGAGUGUCUGGAACUCAUUGAGAAGGGUUGUCCUUCAGAGGAGCUCUUCAACACACUGUCCAGUGUCCCAGAGGCAGAGAAGUUUGCCAAGUUCUGGAUCUGCAAGGCAAAGCUGCUGGCCCGUAACGGCACCGUUGAUGUGACUGGGUUGUACGAAGCAGCGGUUCGUGCUGGUGCUGCGCCGAUCCAGGAGCUGAGAGCAGUCGUUGUGGAGUCUUUGAAAAAGGCAGACGGAGCAUCCCGAGACCCUUCUGUGGAGCUUGCCCCGUUCGUAGCAGAGGCUGCCGGUGAAGAGCCAGUGCCCCAGAGGCCCAGGACUCCUUGCCCUGGUGCGAGAGAGCAGGCUGUGACAACGCCACACUCCACUGUCCGGUUCCUGCCGGGCAAGACAGCCUCUCUGGUCAAGCUGCAAAUAGUCUCAGUGCCCAGGCUGACGGGACUGCCUGGGAUGCAAGACUGGAAGUUCUUGACGCCGGUGCGGCGCUCCCUGCGGAUAGAGCGGGCCCAUGCCCGCUACCCAGAGAUGCUGAAGGAACACGACACCGUCGUGUCUUCCCUUGAUGAAAUACUGGCCACGGAGGGAGCGAGCCAGUUCAUAUUUUGUAAAAACGAGGCCCUGCCUGAAGAGGACCUGGAGCUCCAGGGCGUUUAGAGCCCGGAAGGGACAUGCUUCGGGUAGUCUCGCGGCAGCACGCCUUGGCUC